AAAAAUAAAAAAAAAUAAAAAAAAGGCAGGAAUGAGGCUUAGCUGAAGGAAAUUAUUGCUUUCUGCAGCUGAAUAAAGCAAAUAUAGCAAGCAACAGAGAUCAUCUGAGGGGAAAAUGCAGAUCAUGAAGCUAUUGAGGAAUGAGGAUUACUGUAAACACAUGCAGGAAUUCCAUGAACGUGUUCCCAACAACAUACUUCAAUGAUGGAAAUGGUCGGAUCUAUCAGUUUGGAGAUUAAGCAGCCAGCCGCCACCAUUCCCAACCAUCUGCCUGUAUUUCUACCAAUAAGAGAUAACAUCGAUCUCAGCAACACAGAGUCUCCAUGUUUUCCAAUUUCAGGUCUCGUGUUCUUACAUAAAGAUAGGAAGGGGAGGAAAAUCUGAUGUUUUGCCGGUAUAACUUAGCACCUUAGAGAAGAAGGACGGGGGAAAAAACUAGAGGGGAGCAUGAGAAGAUCAAGAGAUGGAAGAAACAAGCAAGGAACGAAAAGAGAAGCAAUCAAAGAAGGACAGAGACAAGUUAGGGAAAAUUUGAAGCCAUUGAACAUGAACUUCUUUCAGAAUUAUUCUCAAAUUUGAAGCCAUUAAGCAUGCAUGUCAAUAUAUAUGCAAUUUGAGGAUAAUUCUGAAAGAAGUUCAUGUUCAAUGGCUUCAAUUUUUCCCUAACUUGUCUCUAUCCUUCUUUAAUUGCUUCUCUUUUCGUUCCUUACUUGUUUCUUCUAUCUCUUGAUCUUCUUAUGCUCCCCUCUAAUUUUUUCCCUUGUUCUUGUUCUCUACGGUGCAAAGUUAUAAGGUCCCAUGGGAGAUGGAAAGAACAUUAGACAAAUUUUUCUUCUUAUUUUCAUGUAAAAACCAACAUAAAUAUCAAUAAAGUUUGCUUUUUUGA